GCUCCGCGGCUCCUUGGCUGCGCGCGCAGGCGGUGGGCCUUUCGCUUCCGGCCGCGGCGGCCUCGGAGCUGGCCAGAGGGACCCCGGCGGCCUGCCUCCCCGAGCGGCAUGCGGCGCUGAGGCGCGGUGGACCCCGCUGCGCCAUGAACCUCCUGCCCUGCAACCCGCACGGCAACGGGCUGCUCUACGCCGGCUUCAACCAGGACCACGGGUGCUUUGCGUGUGGGAUGGAAAAUGGAUUCCGAGUCUAUAACACCGAUCCACUGAAGGAAAAAGAGAAACAAGAAUUUCUAGAAGGAGGAGUUGGCCAUAUUGAAAUGUUAUUUCGCUGCAACUAUUUAGCUUUAGUUGGUGGUGGAAAAAAGCCGAAAUACCCUCCGAACAAAGUGAUGAUCUGGGAUGACCUGAAGAAGAAGACUGUGAUUGAAAUAGAGUUUUCUACCGAAGUCAAGGCUGCCAAAUUACGGCGAGAUAGAAUUGUGGUUGUUUUGGACUCUAUGAUCAAGGUGUUUACAUUCACACACAAUCCUCAUCAGUUGCACGUCUUUGAAACCUGCUAUAACCCGAAAGGCCUCUGUGUCCUGUGCCCCAAUAGUAACAACUCACUCCUGGCCUUCCCGGGCACGCACACGGGCCACGUGCAGCUCGUGGACCUGGCCAGCACUGAGAAGCCACCAGUGGACAUUCCUGCCCAUGAGGGCGUCUUGAGCUGCAUUGCUCUCAACCUGCAGGGAACAAGAAUUGCGACCGCAUCUGAGAAAGGGACCCUUAUACGAAUAUUUGAUACUUCAUCAGGGCAUUUAAUCCAGGAACUACGAAGAGGAUCUCAAGCAGCUAAUAUUUAUUGCAUUAACUUCAAUCAGGACGCUUCUCUCAUCUGUGUGUCCAGUGACCACGGCACGGUGCACAUUUUUGCAGCUGAAGAUCCAAAAAGGAAUAAACAAUCGAGUUUGGCAUCAGCCAGUUUCCUUCCAAAAUACUUCAGUUCCAAGUGGAGUUUUUCCAAGUUUCAGGUUCCCUCAGGCUCUCCAUGCAUUUGUGCCUUUGGAACAGAGCCAAAUGCUGUCAUUGCGAUCUGUGCGGACGGCAGCUACUACAAGUUCCUGUUCAACCCCAAAGGGGAGUGCGUCCGGGACGUGUACGCGCAGUUCCUGGAGAUGACCGACGACAAGCUGUGACCCUCCACCAGGAGUGCGAGCACCACGGGCCCUGGGGGCCCAGCGGCCCCUCGAGCUCCUGGGACUGGUGGUGAUGGGCUGGGGGGAUGGCCUGGGACCUUGUUGCAAAGCCAUACGUUGUCGUCUGUUUUCCGAAGCCAGACCUCCCGAGCCCAGUGUUAAAGGAAGAAUCUUCAGGGCACGUGGACACUCACGCCCAACUGCUGGCUUCACCUUUUGUUCAGCCGUGACGCCCACUUCAUUGGUUCUGCCGCAUCCGCCACCUGCAGCUGGGGCUCCGGACACUGGGGGCACGCUGAAAAAAGGAGGGGCAAAGUGAAAUUCGUUUAUGGCAACAGAUUUCCUCAUUUUUACUGAGUCUGUAACGGGGAGGUGAACACACGUGUAAGUGUUGGUUCUCACCAGAUUUAAAUGGAACAAUCAUACUGGCAGCCUUAGGAAGGAGGAAGGAAGCCCUUCUCCCGUCUAAACUGAAGAAAGGGCGUAGGUCUGGCGUCUCCCUCGAGAGCUGCGUGUCGUGCGUCCCCGUCUUCUUGGAGCCGUUGGAGUUGAGGCAGCGCCGCCCACGCCGUGAGCAGUGCCUGUGGCUCCCGGUGGACCUCGGUGUCACAGGGAGUUUCCCUGUUACACGCAGGCAACAGAGUAACGCAUAGACUUUACAACCUGGUCAUAGAAGAAAGCGUCACUUAAUUGGGAGGAUACCCAGGGAAACGGGCGUCUCAACAAAGCAGUGCCUGGUUUCUGUGGGCCUGGAGAGGAUGCCUCGGCGGCCGAUUCCACUUCCCUUUCUCACCAUCUUCUCUCCCCAUUUCUAAGACUAGCUGCACACUAACAUUCUGGGAAUGAGAGGCACAUACUUUUUUUAACGUUUGGUAACUAAAAUAGGUUAUGGGCUCUAUAUUAUUAGUAGUACUUGAGGUAUAUAUUUAAUUUUCUUAAAUUCCCUAAAACUUAAUUUUAUGUUUUGAUUUCAGGUUGCAAACAUUAAAAUCUGCAGCAGCAAA